CGGCCGCGCGGCAGGCGACGCUGCGCAUGCGACCUCCCGCCCACCGGCCUCUUCCCGCCCGGUGGCGCCGGUAGUAAACUGCACCGCCCGCCUGCGACAUGUCCAAGAAAAAGGGUCUGAAUUUUGAAGAGAAGAGGGCCCGCAUGAUGGAGAUCUUUUUUGAGACAAAAGAUGUCUUCCAGUUGAAAGAUAUAGAGAAGAUUGCUCCAAAAGAGAAAGGGAUUACCUCGAUGUCAGUGAAAGAGAUUCUGCAAAGCCUUGUUGAUGAUGGCAUGGUGGACACUGAUAGAAUUGGAACUUCCAAUUAUUUCUGGGCUUUUCCCAGUAAAGCUCUUCAUGCCAGGAAGCGUAAAUUGGAGGAGUUAGAGUCUCAGUUUGCUGAAAGCAGUCAGAAAAAAGAGCAUUUACAAAAAAGCAUUGAGAAAUCAAAAACUGGACGUGAAGAUACUGAGGAACGUGAAGCUCUGCUGAAGAAACUUGCUGCCCUUCGGCAGAAAAAAGAGCAGCUAAAGAAAGAAAUAGACAAAUACAGGGAAUGUGAUCCAGAUGUGGUUGAAGAAAUGCGCCAAACAAAUCAAGUGGCCAAGGAGGCAGCCAACAGAUGGACUGAUAACAUCUUUUCUAUAAAGUCCUGGGCCAAGCGUAAAUUUGGAUUUGAAGAGAGCAGAAUAGAUAAAUGUUUUGGAAUCCCAGAAGAUUUGGAUUACAUUGAUUAGUGUUCAGUGGAUGGCUGACACAGUUGUACAUAGUUCUUUAUAUAUUCAUAGCUGCCAUUAAAAUGUGAAUCCUCUCCAAACAGGUGAUGACUGUAAUUUGCUGGUUUUGUUAAUGUUAAUAAAAUACUAAAAAUA